AGAGGGGACGGAAAACGCUCGGUAGGGGACUGCAGCGGUGCCACAGCACGGCAGGUUGGUGCUGUGACGUCGUCGCGUCAACUGAAAAACGUUAAAAAAAACCACUGCUGUCUGUCACGCGGUCCGGUAGACAGCAGAGAGAGAGGGCUUGAACAGGGGGACCAUGAUGGUGAUACCGUGGCUGCUUCUCCUUGAGAUGGGCUUAUACGCCAGUUCUUUCGUGUGUGGAAUAGUCACGGCAUCUUCUCUCACUAUCGUACAGGGUGGCUUCGGGGGGCUCUGUAUGCUCUAUGGAACAGUGAACCACAACUCCUCAUCAGGCUCCAUAUUGGUCCAGACCUCCAGCUCUCCUUCUCUCUGUUACUUCGUCUCUGCUAUCUCCGUGUGUGUAGCAGUGUUCUGUUUCUCUAUAUCACUGUACUGGAUAUAUACAUGCUGCUUGGAUGGAGGGGUUAACAGAGAGCGUCUAUGGCUGAACGUGACCCUGGUGGUGUGUGGCGUGUUUCUCUUCUUCCUCCUGGUGACGGGCUGCGUGCUGAAGGUCGGAAGAGACUUCCUGUGUGACUCUGUCCUACACGCUGUCCCCAACGUCACCAGGUGUGAACAGGCUCAGUCUCGGACCUGGAUCAGUCCUUACACGGGAACGCAGUUCUACACUGGACUGUACAACGCUGGGACAGCAGUGUGGGUGAACUUCUUUUUCUGGAUUCUGAUUGGCAUACUGGUGGUGAUCCAGAGAGGUCAAGGGUCAGAUUCCAGAAUGAUGACGCCCUCUGAGACCGAACGUCUUUUCCCAGGCCAGGCCCAGCAGCAGUGACUCAUAAGUCUCGCCGUACGACCUGUUGGCGAGGCGCUCAAACACACACACACACACACACACACACACACACACACACACAUCUAACACUCCUCACUGUUUUACCUGUAAGAGAAUGAAUGACCUGUGUGUGUGUGAGGCUGUGUAGGUCUCUCACACAGUCACUCUUCUACAGCUGUUCCUGGGCUCGGUGUGUGUGUGUGUGUGUGGACCUCUGAGUACCGCAGCCUAGUGAAGCCGAGAUGGUCUACACUGGAAUAAAGGAUAUUAGAUAUGGUGUCAUGUCACUGUUCACCUUGUUUUGAUACAGUGUAACUGAGAACAAUUCAUGUACCUUUUUGUGAAGCUCUUAUACAUUUCUCUGUUGUCCCUCAAUCCGCAGUCCUUUUAGUUCUUGUAUUUCGGGAGAGGUGUGUGUGUGAGAGACUGGCUUACAGGGACAUCAGUUGUCUCAGAUAAUCUCUCCGUGUGUGUGUGUGUCCAUUCAGGACCAGAGACAAACCAGGUCACAGUCGGCAUCGUCACACUGUCCUAAGCAAACACACAAAGAUUCCUUCCUGGCUAUUAAGAAGCAAUUUUGUUACAUCAUUCCCUUUCUGCCUGCAAUUAUUUGUACUUUUUCAUUUUUAUAAAUAUUGAAAAGCAAAUAUGUGUUUUGAUUUGAGCGAGGUAUUGAUGUUUUUUUACAGAACUUUCUAAAACAGUUAUCGACCAAUAACAGUAGGUGUGAGCAGAGCAUCUUGACCAAUAAAGACUCAUUGGUUAAAUAAA